AACGCGUUUUUGCCCACGUCAACCGCCUGGACGUGGCGUUUUUACGCAUAAAACGACCGAGUUUUCCUUUCUCAAUGUCACUUGCUAUAGUAGUUCACGUUGUAAUCAAGACGCAGUCAGAAUAUCAGAAAUUCUCGCUGUUGAACAGCUUCAAGCCAGCGUAACAAGGAUGGAGCUUUUGAGAAGUCUUUUGGUUUGUUUUAUAUUAGUUUCAUCCUGUAACGCCGGGGAAUAUCAAGAGAGGGGAUUCGGAGUUGGUCUCGUUCAUAAACCCAAAAACUGCAAGCGUGUUACAAAACGAGGUGACCAUAUUGCUGUGAAGUAUAACGGCACGUUUGUUGAUGGAUCAAGCUAUGUUCCUACCAGCAAGAAACCUUUCGAGUUCACAUUAGGGGAAGGACAGGUCAUCACUGGUUGGGAUUUGGGACUUUUGGGCAUGUGUGCCGGUGAGAUUCGUCAGCUGGUUGUUCCUUCGCACGUCGCGUACGGUAACUGGCCGGUUGGUGACAAGGUCCCACCAAAAUCUACCAUCGAGUUCUUUGUGGAACUGCUGCAAAUCAAAGACACGUUCACCGACAAAGAAAUGGUCUCAGAUACCUUCACGCUGAUUGAUACGAACGGUGAUAAUAUGUUAUCGAACGAGGAGGUUGCAAGAUAUUUGAAGAAACAGAACUAUCCCGAUGGUCCUGGUGAGAAAAGUCAUUCUCACAUCAUUCGUGAAAUAUUCCUUGAAGAAGAUAAAGACAGCGAUGGAACCAUCUCCUACAAAGAAUUCUCAGGACCCAAAAGAUAUAUUGAAGAUCUUUAAACCGUUAUAAAAGUAUAAAACUUUUAUCAAACAAUUGCGCUUAAAAAUGACAGAAUAAUAAAGUGAGAUAUUGUUAUAAUCUUUUCAACAUCCGCGCGGUUAUUUUGACAUGAACAUCACCAAUCGUAGACAGGAACUGCAUUAUAACGUGUGGAGCUUUUGUUUUGAUAAUCUUUAAAAACAAUUUCAUAUUUAAAUUAUUUGUAUUAGUUCAUUAUAACCAUGUGCUUAAACUAAAUAGAUAAAAACAUUCUUUUCUUUA